UCGCAAUGUACAGGCCUAAGAAAGACCGCGCGUUUUAUAACAGCCUUACCUUUAUGACUUACCUUCAUUAUUGGCCGACCAUCAAGGAUCAACAGAAUCUGUGCAUUUACAAAACAGUUUCGGUUAUUAUAAGGGUGCUCACGUCGUUUAUAUUCGUAGCAUGUGUAUUGCACGGCUACAUGUCCAUCAAAAAUGGUGUGAGCGUCGACAUCAGCGAAGACUUCGUCGGAGUCACCGGCUUCGGGAACGCCAUGUUCCUCUGCAUUCUCUUCCAGAUCAAUGCAAAACGCUGGUCGCAACUGUUCAACGAAAUCACGGACACUACCCAAUUCGGUUACCCUGCUAGAAUGCCACAAAGCGUGAAGAAAGCAAACUUUUGCGCGCUGCUCUACUACGUCUACUGCAACGUGGGUUGCUUGGUCUACGGCCUCGCCUCCAUAUUCGACACCAGCAGAUGCGAGCGGCUCAACAAGGAAAAAGGAAUACAUGAAAUAUGCGGCACGGUGAGCCCGCUGUGGUGGCCCGGAGACGAGAUAGACCCGAUGACGAAACUGUUUUUCAUCAUUUGGCAAGCGUUUUCGGCAUUUUACUACGUGCCCGGUGGCGGCAUUUUGACGUUCCUGCCGUGGGAAGGAUCGGAGAUUAUCCAAGCGAAAAUCGAUCAUCUGAAAGAGUUGUUCAAGAAUGUUUUCGAUGGCGACAAUCGGGACCAAAUGGCGAAGAGGUUGAAGUUUUGUAUCAGAUAUCAUCAUCACAUUUUAAAGAUCAGCGAGAAUUUUAAUUUCGCAGUGAAAAAAUUAGUGGGUCAACUUUCGUUUAUCGGAGCCAUUAUCCUGACUUGUAUUGGAACUCAGAUGCUAAAAGAGUCUUCGAUAGGCGCGACGUUACACUUCUUGGGCUACGUCGUAUCAGUCACACUUAUUUGCCUGGCAGGACAAAAGAUGAUGGACGCGACGUACGGGAUUCAAGACGCGGUAUACGAUUCCAAAUGGCACGAAGCUGAUCCGAAAGUUGCUAUGGAUCUCAAACUGAUCCUGAUGCGAUGUCAGAAACCGGUUUACAUGGACGCCGUACCAUUUGGAGUCUUCAAUUACAAUCUGCUUAUAAUUAUUUUCAAGACAACGUACUCGUACCUGACGUUAAUAAACAACACCACUUAAAAAAGUUGUGCAUUGCAUUUGUUCCAGUUAAAUAGAAAUUUAAUUACCUAAAACUAAAUUUUCUUUUAUCAUGUCAACUUUUUAGUAGCAGCAGUUUAAGUGAAUUUGCACGCUUAUGACGUCGCUUUGGAAAGCUACUGUGAAAGGAAACUUCCUGAUAUCAAAAUUCAACGAAAUUGCGAUUGAAAUACAAAGAAUUUAAACUCAGGCACAUGCUCCACAUUUUUACAUCUUUGGAAACUGUUUACACAGAAAUCUAAAAUGUUGUUUAAGAGAAACACAUGAACAAACUGAUCUCCUUCAAAAGUCAGUCUCCGGCCCCCAAAAUUAAUCCCCAGGAUUACACGCGCAAGUGUAGUCAGCUCCCAAUAUUGACAAUUUAAUUUUCAGAAGCGUAUUAAUGAUUCAAAAGUACAAUUCAGGUAGAUUAAUCGGGCGACUCUAUUUAAGGUUACGUCAACAAAACAUGGUUGCCAUAAACAACAAAUAAUCAAUAGAGGCUCCAAACACACCGAGAGGUAUAAUCAGUGGGUAAUCAUUGUCGCGCGAUACAAUUUAAUAGUACCCGAUCAAAGGUACCAUUUAAAUGCCUAAUAAGAACAUGGUACAAACUGAGGCAGUACGAGAACAAUACCCCAAUAACGAGUACCCAUUAAAAUCACCCACAAUUAUUAUAUUACGAUAUGAUCACCAUAUCAAAACGGUACCAUUAUGGGCACCGAAUGCCCGGUACCAUAGGCAUGGGUAAUUGCGAGAUUCGUAAUGGUUAUUGUGCGAGGUCAGGAGUCGUGCGAACUGUCCUCCGCGGUGAUUUGUCGCAGUUGGUACCACUCGGAUGGUACCAACAUCGAUGGUACCGAGAUGUAGAAGUGUCCCGAGUCGCACCUACGUCGACGGCGAUAAAUAAUAACGCAAUUGCUAGUCUACGCGUUAUGUGGUACCCGUUCGACAAAUCUUUGGAUUUGUUGCGGCUCGAUUGUUGUGUCUUCGAAAUUUAUUUUCGUUUUAAGCACACACAGACAUUCCCGAGCUUUUAACAAAGAGUUUUGAAAAUUUACAUUAGGUUAAACGAAAGAAUGUUUCGCGGUUCAAAUAAAAUCCAUAAUAAAAUAUAAAUAAAAAUUAUAUUAAAUGUAUAGCAGAAGCAAAAUGGUAGAACUUAAAAUUUUUACCAAAAAUUCCCAUUUAUUCCUUUCAUUAAAACGAACUAUUGAAUGAUAAAUUCAGCCACGGGACCCUAGUCUGGGGGCAAUUGUGUUUUUUGUGACAAUUUAGACAUACAUGGGUCUCAUGCUCGGAGAUCGCUUCAAAGCAACCAAGAUUUCCACGGUAAGCAAAGUCCAAAUGCACUUAACACUUAGUUAGAAAAUAUAGUUGAUAUUAAUCUAUAGCCUUAUAAAUAAAGCUUGGGUAAUAGUAUAUUAUACAAACAGUGUGGAAAAAUGCGCUUGAGUUGAUUUAAGCAUUGAACCGUUGGUGUACCAAAAAAAUGCUUAGGUUAAAUACGAUUAUGUACUAAAAGUAUUAAAUUAAAUACAGAAUAAA